AUGUCAAACCUCGCUGUAAUACCACGGACGCUCCGGCACUACCGCAGUUCACCACUCAUCGCAGCACGGCCCGGAGCCGUCCUGGCAGCACGUCGAUUCCCGCAGCAGCAACACAGAUGGCUGGCCUCUAAUACUGGCGCUGCUGCAGGAGGAGGGAGCGACUACCAGCUCGGCCCCGCAAACACCGUACAGCCGCAGCCCGGCACCCAAGUUGUUGGUGCCAUUAAUGAGAGUGGUAGAGGUGGAAGUGGGAGCGGCGGUGGUGAUGGUGGUGGUGGUGGGAAUGGUGGGAGUGGUGGGAGUGGUGGGAGUGGGAGCGGCGGACAGAAACGUAAAGGGCAUGAUUGGAGCGGUACGGCGUGGAAGGUCUUUGAGGCCGCGGCAACCACGGGAAUGAGUCUGGGUGUUUUGGGACUCGCGGGAUACGGCUACCACAGGUACUACAAGAGCAUCGUGCUCCAGAAGAUUGACAACGCGUUCAACCUGGGCGAUGACCCGGCGCUGAGUAUGGCAACGGCGUGCGCGGACAAGGAUGAUGAGCAACCUUGGAUCGUGCUCCCGCAGCAGAAAAAGAUCAACAGAAUCAUAGCCGGUGACCCACGUGGACGCUACUACCUCCUCGUCGGAGAAAAGGGGACCGGGAAAACAUCCAUGCUCCUCGCAGCCAUGCACAAAGUCGAGGGUGAUUCCUGCUCCAUGAUGGAAGCCCACGCCGACCCCGAAAUCUUCCGUCUGCGCCUCGGAAAGGCCCUCGAUUUCGAAUUCCACGAGGACUACAUCGGCUCCCUCUUCUCCAUCCGUGGGCCCCGCGACACCACCGCUCUCCUCGACAUUGAGCGCGCGCUCAACAAGCUCGAGAAGGUGGCCCUCAACCGGCGCAAGACUGAGGGUGGAAAGCCAAAGCCUCUGGUCAUGAUCAUAAACAGCAUGCAUCUGCUGCGCAACGACGAGAACGGGCGCGACUUGCUGGAGCUCCUGCAGCAGAAGGCGGAGGCAUGGGCGGCGAGUCAGUUGGUCACGAUGAUAUUGAACAGUGAUGAUUACUGGGUGUAUGAGAGGCUGAAGCAGUACGGGUCGCGGAUGGAACUGAUCUCGGUCAAGGAUCUACCGAGAUCGCAGGCGAUCGCGGCACUGAAGAAUUAUAGGAUGAAAUAUAGGAAGGAGGAGGCGCCGAAGCAGGAAAUCCUCGAACAGGUGUAUGAUCUUGUCGGCGGGCGUCUUGCGUUUCUGAAUAAGGUUGCCAGGGAGCGCGAUAUGAUUGCAAAGUGCAGAGAAAUCUGCCAGGACGAGAAAACGUGGCUGUUGAACAAGUGUGGUCUGCUUGGAAUGGACAUGGACGAUGAUGUGAUGGACCAGCAGAAGUUUGCGUCCUCGGCCAUGGUGCUUGUGAAGCAUCUGGUGGAGAAGGAGAAGGAGGACGCGAAGAAGGCGGAGAACGCUGGACAUGAUCAUGGAGUACAUGGGCAUAAGCUGCCGGAGUUGGAGCUGUACAAGGCCAGGCAGGUCAUGACAAGGGCCGAGUUUAUCGAAGAGUUUGACCACAUCAACAUCUUCACCAUCGACUGCGACAGCAAGGUUAGGGCCGACAGCGUGCCCAUGAUGAAUGCGUUUAGAGAGGUGGUGGCCGAAGAGGGAUUUGCAGAGUACUUGGAAGAUACGCUGCAGAGAAUCAGUGAUAUCGAGAGUUUGGGCAGAACGAGGGAGAUCACAAUAAAGGAUCUUUGGCAUGGCGGGAAGUACAAUAUGACGGUUAAGAACCACAAGGGCCAAACUGAAAAGACCAUUUCCUGGGACGUGACACCCGGCGACAGAGACGCGGAAAAAUCUGAUGAUUAG